UGCAAAAAAGCAGAAAAAACAAAAACAAAACAAGUUUCACUGUGCUUCACCAAGAGUUAGUUUCCACGCACGUGGAGGCAGCGACAAUCUCUCACUUUGGUAUUUUGUUUCCACUGUUGUGUGUAGAUGCGCCUAUUUUCAUACUCAGCACAAACAGAAUAUAAACCUUAAACCACGGGUGCCAAACUCAUUUUAUUCCACACAUAUAUCCAAUUCCAUCGCUUAAUAGCACAAUAACCUGUAGGCAAGGAGAACUACAUUUUUUCCCAUUCGUUUUAUUGCAAAGAAGAACAAGUAAAGUAGGAGAAUAUUCAAAUUUAAUCCUUCAAGUUUCUUCAGAAGAAUAAGUGCAAUUCGGGCACAUUGCGGUCUGCUGCUUAGUCCUGAGUCUCAAUGUUGUGUCCUGUCCACUUCUUCUAACUAAAACGCUGGAUAAAUUAUGGAUAGCAGCUAUUUCCAUUAAAAAGCAUUCUUCUUUGUAGUUCUCGCACUUAGUGAGCUGCGGUCAUAUUAGACUCUGUGGUGGGCGUGGACAUGUUUGACACCUGUACCCUAAACAUUUUCCAUGGGUUUCAUCUCACACCCACCGUCCCCUACGCACACAUACACGCACCGCAACCCUCUCUCUCUACUCUACGUUUCUCACUUCCUCCCUCCCUCCCACCCUCCUUCGCUCGCUGUCUCGCUCGCGGACAGUCUCAGCGAGUCGCGCUGACAGCUCGCGCGGUCCCAAGCCAGAUAUCGUAUAUUUUUUUGGGAGAACGUGCGCAGCCUCGAGACGUCGCUGUCCGAGGAGCGGACCGAAGAGAAGAGGGAAGAUAGAGCCUUCACUGGCACCGUACAGUUGUUUAAACUCGGGGAACACCUGCUUUGUAACGGAGCGAGGAAAACAAGAAAAAAUGCCGAUUCACCGGUUGCAGUUGGAAGGUGGUUGCUAGCCAUCUGUCAGUUCUAACAUGGAGCGAGAGGGCUCGUUUAGGAAGAUUUCAAGGAGCCUCCAAAACAAACUGCGCUUGGGCACGGGCUCGUCCUCCAGUCUGACUGACCUCUCGCAGGCCAAAACCCCAGCGGGGAGCGGGGAGAAGGGAGGAACAGCUGGAGGGUUGGCAGAGGACUGUAACCUGGACAAAGGGACCCAGCAGAGGAGGGCCGGAGCCAACGCCACCUGGAACAGCAUCCACAAUGCAGUGAUCUCAGUUUUCCAGAGGAAGGAUCUGGGAGAAAAUGAACUCUACACUCUGAACGAAGGUGUCAGGCAGCUGCUGAAGACUGAGCUGGGCUCCUUCUUUACUGAGUACCUUCAGAACCAGCUGCUCACUAAAGGCAUGGUCAUACUCAGAGACAAGAUCCGCUACUAUGAAGGUCAGAAGUUGUUGGACUCUCUGGCCGACACGUGGGACUUCUUCUUCUGUGACGUUCUGUCCAUGCUGCAGGCCAUCUUUUACCCCGUGCAGGGAAAGGAGCCGUCUGUGCGUCAGCUGGCUCUUCUCCACUUUAGGAACAUCAUCACCCUCAACUUGAAACUGGACGAGGCGCUGUCUCGACCGCGAGCCAGGGUUCCUCCCUCCAUCAUACAGAUGCUGCUGAUACUGCAGGGGGUGCACGAAUCUAAAGGUGUAACAGAUGACUACCUUCGUCUGGAGUCUCUCAUCCAGAAGGUGGUGUCGCCCUACCUCGGGACUCACGGUUUAUAUUCCAGAGACGGAUCGUCCAAUCUGCACUGCUCUUCCUGCCUCCUAGAAAAGCGACUGCAGCGCUGGCCCGCCAAGGCAGGCAACUCUCCCAUUGCCAAGAACCCAGUAGUCCGCUCUAAGAGCUACAACGUUCCCAUGCUGACGCCCGUAGUGGAGUACGACAUGGACUCCUCCACGGGAGGCGGUGGCGGGAUCAGACGACACUCCGUCUGUGAGAUGACCUCCUGCGUGGAGGAGAGCAGCCCUGUAGCCAGAUCUGCCGCCAGUAACGCCAGCACGUCCAGUCUCGCCAGCCACUCCUCAGCUUCCACUGCCUUUGUUGCUCUAUCAGACGCUCUAACGUCAAGCAAGGAUCCCUGCUCCGAAGAUGCUGACAGCCCCUCAACUCCCCACGCUCUGCAGCCACAGCAGCACUCCCCCUGCAUCCUCCCGGAUCCUUCCCCAGGCGAGGACACGCACUGCACCUGCUCCCUCGCGUCCGACUCCCCCUCGUCCUCCAAAGCGCUGACUCAAGACGCCAGCUCCGGUCCCAGCCCGUCCUCCAACCCGGAGAUCAUGAUGGACCACAUCGCGGAGUCCCUGGACUCGGAGGUGGAGUUCGACGGCAUCUUUCUGGACUUCUCGCGCCGUUGCUCCGGAGGGUCAACGCACAGCAGGGACAGCGGCAGCCGGCAGAGCGUGGCGUGACAAACGGACGCACAGCGAUCCAUGAGCCAUGACUGACAUUCCUCACACCCUGUGACGCACCGUCAGGGAUUCUUUCAAACUGAAUUAUUUUUCUAUACGAUGUUUAUCACUAAAAACAAACUUCACGAUGGCUGGUUCAUAUGUUAAAGUCCAAGCCCCCGGCUGGAAUGGAAGCUACGAUGACAUCAGUCUCUUUCAAACUAAACUAUCACUAAUGAAGAUAAAAGCUGACAGGAGAGGUUAGGACACACUGUUGACGACACAAUCCAGAGUCAAAUAUCUUCAGCAUCAUACUGAACAACUUCAACAAUCAAAUUCAAACUUUUAACAUAUAGUAAAGUAUAUGAACAUGUUUUAAUUAUUGGACUAUUAAAUAUUAUUUUGAAUAUUUAAAUACAAGUCUAAACCUGG